AUGUUACAAUAACAGUUGUGUCCGUUUGGAGGCACUAUUGUCCCGCAGUCAGACCCCUGUUACCUCUACAAAACCACAGAAGAAAUAGCUCAGUCGCUGCAUGCUUGUGACGAUGGCGGCCGCCAUGAGAGGAAGCUUUGUAACAUUGGUCAAGGGCCUGAGCGGCCCCCGGUGGCAGCAGCUGGUGUCUCGACCAUUGAGUGUGUCUGCUGGUCUCCGUUGCCCAGAACCCCCGCCGGCCCGCGCUGAUGCUACCUUCAAGGUCACAAUGGUGCCAGGGGAUGGAGUGGGACCUGAGCUGAUGACCGCUGUCAAGGAAGUGUUCAAGGCAGGAGACGUCCCAGUAGAAUUUGAGGAGUUUCACCUGAGUGAGGUGCAGAACAUGGCUAGUGAGGACAAGCUGGAGCAAGUGUUAACUUCUAUGAAGAACAACAAAGUGGCCAUGAAAGGAAAGAUUCACACACCCAUGGAGUUCAAAGGGGAGCUGGCUUCAUAUGAGAUGAGACUGAGGCGUAAACUGGACCUGUUUGCUAAUGUGGUUCAUGUGAACAGCCUGCCGGGCUACAGCACUCGCCACAACAACCUGGACCUGGUCAUCAUCCGCGAACAGACCGAGGGAGAGUAUAGCUCCCUUGAGCACGAGAGUGUGACGGGUGUGAUUGAAUGUUUGAAAAUAAUCACCAGAGAGAAGUCACGGCGCAUCGCCAAGUUUGCCUUUGAUUAUGCCACCAAGAAAGGGCGAAACAAGGUCACCGCUGUUCACAAGGCCAACAUCAUGAAAUUAGGUGAUGGCCUGUUUCUGCAGUGCUGUGCGGAGGUGGCGCAACUGUACCCCAAAAUCAAAUAUGAGACCAUAAUCAUCGAUAACUGUUGCAUGCAGCUGGUCCAGAACCCAUACCAGUUUGACGUGCUGGUCAUGCCCAACCUGUAUGGAAACAUUAUUGACAACCUAGCAGCAGGGCUGGUUGGAGGAGCGGGUGUUGUUCCUGGGGAAAGCUACAGUGCAGAGUAUGCUGUGUUUGAGACUGGUGCACGCCACCCCUUCGCACAAGCUGUCGGAAGGAACAUUGCGAACCCAACAGCCAUGCUGCUCAGUGCCGCUAACAUGCUCAGGCACCUCAACCUUGAAUAUCACUCCCAAAUGGUGUCAGAUGCUGUCAAAAGGGUCAUCAAACAGGGCAAGGUACGGACACGAGACCUUGGCGGGUACUCCACCACUGGAGACUUUGUGCAAGCUGUUGUGGAAAACCUGCACCACCGUCCUGUUUACUAAGAUGUUCCAUCACACUCGUCCCUGACAUUUCUUUAAAUCUGGAGAUUGUUCUUAACAUGAACUGGACGCAUCUUAAGACUCACCUCCCCUCCCGCUGCCAGAUGACAUUUGUGGCGCUCCGUUUUUGCAAACGCCAUGAGUUGCAUCCUAAUGUCUGAUUUUAUACUGGAUUUGCUGAUUGAUCCAGUGGGAUCAGUGGUGCCUUGUGCUCAUGAGGCAUCCUUUCAGAGAUUUGUCAUAUUGUUGUCUUCCUCGUAGCUUGUGUCCAUCUCUUUGUGACUUUUUAUAUUUGCUGGGGGGUUUUUUUGUUUUUUUUUUACUCUGCUGAUUUAAUCUUUUCACCCAUGCAGGGACACCUUUUUGUUUGCCUGCUUUCAUGGCCUGCGCUUGUUGUGUUUCAGUCUACCUCUCUGCCAUCACAGAUUGUGAGAAACCAGACUGCCUAUAUCAGCUAAUGUGCUUUUGGCUCACUCUUCACCACCACCAUACCUGACUUUUAUCUCAUUUUCUGAUAGUUGUUUCAGUUUUGAGUGAAGAGGCUGACUGCUUAUGUUGAUAAAUAUACAGUAUGAUAACACUGCUGCUUCAUGACCCACUAAUACUGCAACAUACACGUUUCUUAAUGUUUUUAAUAUUACUGCCAUCGCAGUGCUGAAACUCAACUAAACCCUGAAAAUGUUGCUGUGAGUUACUGUGUAGCAAAGGCAGAAUUCAUGUUUCUUGUUGUGAUAUUAAUAAUCCAGUUACUAUUUUAACACUUAAUAUAUUUAAACAGAAUUUUCAAGGACUCCUAUAAACAACUUUUGUAUAAGAUGAUGCUGCUCAUGCCACUGAUGCUGUAAGAGUUCAAACAACUGCUUGGUCUCACCAGUUCAUCUGUCAUGCUUUUUGUAUUACUAGGCUGCAAUUUAGUCAUUUUCAAAUUUGGACGUCACAAGUAGGUUGGUUGUCGGUUGUUUGCCACAAAUAAGUCAUUCAGAAGUUACUGUACUCUUGUUUUGACCUUUUGGCAUGAUCGUGUGUGUGUACCACAACCAGUGUAAACAGUGUCCUGUUCUUUCACGGUUGCAUAUUAAAGCUUGUCACACGAA